AUGGCACCUACAAUGCCUGCAGAGGAUCCGCGUCCGCAACAGCAGCAACGAUAUGUUCAGCCAGUCGUUGGUACACAAAUACCAUACGAAUACAGUGCUACCCCAGUCGCAGCCACACAGUGUGCUUCUCACCAGACGGGUGUAGAAGGACUUCAUCGCGGUAUCCAAGCUCCCGCUGUGAAUGUGCAGGCCGCGCGAACGACGCCGCGCACUCAGCAAGAGCAGUGGCUCAUCAAUGCGCAUCCAGACCUCCAAAGAAAGACCGUGACGGUCAUACCAGCUAUUCCCGCGAAGCAAGGUACUAUCGGAACUGCCAUUGAGCGCAAAGAUGAGAUGCUCGUACCACGCGAUGUGUGGCGCCUACGCUCCCUGCCUUCCUACAAGCGUUAUGUCGCAUACCGCCAAAUGGCAGAGCUAGGACGUCAGAUGAGCGAGUAUGACCAAACUAGUAAAGAAAAUCAGUCGCUAUGGAAGCGUAUCACAACCUUCGAAGCGAGCUUGAUUGAGGCCGAGGUGGAGUUUGCGAAUAGACACAAGCAAGAUACAGCCGAAACUAGGGCGAGGUGGGACCGUAUCGUAGCGGCUCAGGCAGUUGGGACUCUAGUCGACCAGGAUAUGGUAGCUGCCUAUGCCCAGUAUUGCGGCAUUGCAUCUGCGACGUCCCCGGUGGAUGUCGCAGUCACAACUCAGUCACCCACAUCUGAUCAAGUUCUAGCAGGGCAGAAUCCACUACCACAGCCCCAGACUUCUGGAGCUCCUGCGCCUAUCGUUACUCCAUCAGUACCGAUAGAUACCAUCAGACCAGACCAGGUAACACAUCCCCUGGAUAAGGUCCAAGUUCCUCCAUACCCUGGCGAGCUCGAGGACUUCACACCACACGAAGUCACCGGGAUGUACAAAUGCAACCACCAAUUCGAGACCGGGCCCUGCUGCACAGAAGGAGUCACAAAGGAAAGAAAGAGAGCCUCAAUCUCUAGGGAUAAAUCAGCGUGGAAACGGAAGGUGGAAUACUUGGUCAAGAAGGGCGACUUGGAUAAGAGCCAUAUAACAUGGAAGCAGGAACAAUCACCCAAUAAGGGGAAAGACCACAAGACGAAGAAUGCGGAGAAAGAGCGACUGCGGGGUGAAAAGAAGGCGGAUGCCAGCGCGAAAAAAGAGGCGAGAAAGGAACGGAGUAAAGCAUGGCGCGAGCAACCACGCGAUGCGAUCAAUGCAGAAGAUGCGCCCGAAGCUAUUGCGGCACCAAAUUCGCUCGAGCAGAACUACUCAUCAGCUUCUGAACUUGAUCCUGAGCUUUCUCCAGAAGAACAGGCUGCCGCCGCUGAUACCGCAUUUCAAGAGGAAAUUGCAAAGAAGCUCAAAGACUACGAGCGCGAACUCAAGUACUGUAGGCGUCUUGAGAGGAUGAAGAAGUGGCCUAAUUGGCCACGCUUCAAUGAAUAUUGGGAGGUCAAACAUCUUGAGGCUCAGGGUUUGCAGCUCUCGCCAGAGCAGGUAAUCAUCUCGAAGGGUGAUGAACCGUCUGGUAUUCCAGACAAGAAUCCCGCGUUUGUGAAGAAGAAGGCCGAGGAUAAGGAGCCGGUGCCGGUUCAAGAGCCGGUAGACGCGGAAGAGGGCAUUGAGGAAGAUGAUUCGGACUUGGAUGAAUUGUUCGAGGAUACGGGAGAAAACGUCGAGCAAGACGACACGAGCUUGGAUGAUCUGUUUGAUGAUGAUGGCUCAGAGUAG